AUGACCUUGUCGCGAUCACCCUCUCCCCACCCGGGCGGAGGGUGGUCCAGCCCGGGAUUCGUGCCGGCAAGCGGCAGCACAUCACCGCGCCCAUCGCCUGGCACAUUAUCACCAAACGGAAUCUCCUGGGCCACUGCCAAAGCCAAGAGUGAUGAAGUGCGCGGCUAUCCCUCCUUUUCAACGCGGAAUAGCGGGUUCUUUUCCCGACAAGGAAAUAAGAUAUCGACUCGCUUGUCUAGCUUUCGGCGACUUUCUCCGCGCGAAUACGUUGAUAAAGAUGACUAUGGCCGGGAUUGGAAGCCUGCUGAUGGUCAGCGAGGGAUUCUAGGUGCAUCUGGAUUGUGUAUACGACGGGGUCGCUUUCGGCUAUUGCUUGUUCUGUUCAUGGUGUGGAUUGGAUACCUAUUUUGCUGGUCUACAAUCGUUCAAAUUUACCGGCGUUCGCCAAUCGGCGGCGGCCGCAAAUUCGUCAUCAUCCUCGGGUCGAACGUGGAGGGUGGUGUGAUGGAGCUGAAGGGUGCUCGCGAAUGGGCGAUUGAACGCAACAGCAUAUGGAAUAAGCAGAAAUACGCCAACAAAUGGGGUUACGAGCUGGAGCUCGCCAAUCUUCUUGCAAAGAAACGUUAUUCUCAUGAAUGGCGAGAGAGCUGGGAGAAAGGCGAUGUUAUCCGGGAAGCAAUGCGCAAAUACCCGGAUGCAGAGUGGUUCUGGUGGCUGGACUUGAACACCUGGAUUAUGGAAUACGACAUCUCACUACAGGAACAUAUUUUCAAUGAUCUUGACUCGAACGUUUACCGCGACAUCACAGCAUACAACCCCAUGAAUCUCACACAUCCGUUACCUGAGUUCUGGCUCGAUGACCUAGGACGAUCCCUCGAGGGAGACGGGAAUCAAGACUCUCUGCAAAUGCUUCUAUCCCAAGACUGUGCCGGCUUCAAUCUAGGAUCCUUCUUCCUACGCCGCUCACUAUGGACAGACCGGCUACUCGACGCCUGGUGGGAUCCGGUCAUGUAUGAGCAGAUGCAUAUGGACUGGGAACACAAGGAACAAGAUGCGCUGGAAUACAUCUAUCAGAGUCAACCCUGGGUUCGCAGUAGUGUUGGAUUUCUCCCACAGCGCAGCAUCAAUGCUUUCCCGCCAGGGGCCUGCGGUGAUGUAGAAAAUCCAGUUUCGCAUUACCAACAGAAUGCCCGCGACUUUGUGGUCAACAUGGCAGGAUGUAUGUUUGGCCGUGACUGUUGGUCUGAAAUCUAUUAUUACCGUGAACUCAGCAAGUGGCUUAGCCGGUCAAAGUGGGCACGUUUCAAGGACGGUUUCCUUGAUGUAUACAAUGAAGUGCGAGGAAAGGGAAAACAGGAUGGAUAG